AGCCCGACAGCGCCACCUGCUGUCCACUCCGGCCCCCUACAGGCUGCUGGAGGAACACGGAGGAAGGCGACGUGUCCAAUUCAAAGUAGUUUAGAACGGACGGUGCACCAAAAGAAACAUGGGACAAAAAGCGGACCAGGAGAUGACAGAAAACCCAUUUGAGCCAUACCUGGACUCUAUUCGUCAGCAACUUGAAGCCCAAGACCCCGUCAUUCUUAUCGGGGUUAUCGUAGCCUUGGCGGUGGUCGUCAUCACCUGCGUGUUUUUAAAGUACUUUCUCACCGGUAAAACUGUCCGGAGUGCUGUGCUGUUGGUGGGACUGUGUGACUCUGGGAAAACCCUUCUCUUCAUCAGGCUGCUCUCAGGGAAGUUCAAACGGACGCUGACAUCCAUCACUGACAACAGUGCUCCGUACAAAGCUAAAAACGACAGAGCCAGCACCUGGACCCUGAUAGACCUGCCAGGACAUGACAGCCUCCGCUCUCAGUAUUUGGAGAAGUUCAAGUCUGCAGCCAGGUCUAUCGUGUUUGUAGUGGACAGCGCCAUUUUCCAGAAGGAGGUGCGAGACGUUGCAGAGUUUCUGUACAUGUUGUUGACGGAUGCGGUGAUCUCCAAAAAUGCUCCAACUCUUCUGGUGGCAUGCAACAAACAAGACAUCGCCAUGGCAAAAUCUGCUAAACUGAUUCAACAGCAGCUGGAAAAAGAGCUAAACACCUUGAGAGUGACUCACUCCGCAGCACUGAGCGCUCAGGACGGCUCCGUGGGCGGCAGCGUGUAUCUGGGGAAAAAAGGGAAGGACUUCAAUUUCAGCCAGCUGCCCAUGAAGGUGGAGUUCCUGGAGUGCAGCGCUCGCGGCAGCAAGGGCGAAGAAGUGGAGGCGGACAUCGAGAGUCUGCAGAAGAGCCUGGCUAAACUGUAAAAAAAAAAAAAAAAAAAUCGUCUGCUCAGCACAAUCAGUGCUUUUGUAAGAGGCAGAGAGCGACUCAGAUCAUCAUCUCAGUAAUCAACUGAGGGGUGAUGGAUCGCUGCGUUAACUCCAUUUAAAUGGGAACCCGAGCAUCAAAGGGUUAACGAUGGAAAACAUUCGGUCACACGUGCUUAAAUGAUUUGAUUACUGUGGAAAUUAAGGACAAGAGGCCUGCUAUCGGUUCCUCUGCAGCGCUGAGAAAACGUCACUUUGUUCAGUUUGAAACUGAAAGCUUUGUUUAGGAAUGAUCUAGCAGGAAGUUUACGAAAAAUAGUUUCACCAGAUUUAUUUUGAGCUUGUUGGCGUCAAAGAACCACGUGUGAAAUAAGCAAGAAUUUACUUUCUUUUAUGAACUUGGAUCGUGUUCCGUGUGCCUCGUUUCUGUUGUUUGUUCUGGUGUUUGUUCAGAAACACAUUUAGUUGUUUCCAGACUGAAAUUUGUUUGAAUUUAGUGCUUUUGAAAAGAAUGUGUCGAGUUGUAAAAGACCAACAAGCCUGUAAUGAUUUAGGAUUUAUUUAACACACACACAAAUCCCCAUUCAUUUCACUCGAGUCAUCAACAUGCUGUUUUAUAUUUUGGGUUUUUGUUUCUUUUUGAAGCACCAUUGUUCCCUGGAGGUGAGGUCCUGCGUGUUGCCUCGUCUCACUAUUUUCAGAUGUGUCGAAGCGGAUCUUUAUUUGUUGCUGAGUCAGCGUUUGUCAUCUGGUGCGGAUUGAGAUGUUUUAUGUCACUAGAAAAAGGGCUGUAGACUCAGUUGAACAUUAAAAGCAUGUUUCUUUUGUCA